UUCUAUCUUUUAACAAAGGAUAGAAUUGAGAAGGUUUGUUUCAAAGUCUUCCCAGAUGAGAUAAAGAUAGGACACCGCCAUCCUCAACUACAAAUUCCUUCUCUCAGUUCUGCAGAAACGCAUGUUGAGUUGUGUAGUGAUAUUGAAGAAGCAUAGAUCAAGAGGCUCUGGAGUUUUAUCAGAUAUAGAAUGGAUUCUUCUUGUAACCAACAAAACAAACAUGGGAUCAUGGUUGAAAGUCAGGGAGGUGAUGGUCUUGACUCAGAUGUUUCGAGCAGCUCUAUUUCAACGACUCUUUCAGAUUUCAUGGAUGAUGCAACCACGACGACUGAGGCUUCUUCAGCUUCGUCUUCUUCAUCUUCUUCCCUAGAUCAAGUCUCCAGUAGUGGACCUUUGUAUGAGAUGUCCUCUCUCAUGCAACAACUCCCUUUCAAGAGAGGUUUAUCAAAGUAUUUCGAAGGGAAGUCCCAGUCUUAUACAUCUUUAUCCAAUGUGAGGAGCUUAGAGGACCUUGCCAAGCCAGAGAACCCAUACAACAAGAAACUCAAGUCCUGCAAGAGCUAUGGAGGAUUGUUUGAAAGCCACAAAUCUUUGGCUCCCAAAACCAAUAUAUCAAAGAAGCCUUCAAGGGGUUCUUGUUAUGCAGCCAAUGUGAGGAAGAACAACAGUUUCUUGGGCAACGGCAGACCUCCAGUUCCUUCACCUAGAUCUAAUGGUUAUUUGAUUGCUUGAACGUUUAGUAACUAGAAGUUAUGUCAUCAUCUACCCAAAAAAUUCUUUAGAAAGAUUCUUAGCAAUUUUAUUUGUAUAGCUUUUUAUUUGAAACCAUAGACAAAUUAUUAGAUUUUUUUUUUAAUGGUUUUACCUCUCUCUUCUCUCUUUU